GGUAUGUUUCACCUUUAUGUGUGUAGCGCACUGCAGCAGAGUCGUGAGUUUAGCUGGAAAUUUUACAUUCAAAUGAAAGAUAAAUCGCAUGGUAGUGUUGCUGCGUGUGUAACCGGACUUAAAACGGAGAAUAAGGAUGAAACAAGACGUCAGGAUACUUUUAUUGGGGGAACCCAAGGUUGGGAAGACGUCACUCAUCAUGUCCUUGGUUGGAGAAGAGUUCCCAGAAGAGGUUCCCGCCAGAGCAGAGGAAAUAACCAUCCCUGCUGAUGUGACCCCAGAGAAAGUGCCAACGCACAUAGUGGACUAUUCAGAAAAGGAGCAGAGUGAUGAAGUCCUACGAGAUGAGAUUGUUAAGGCUAAUGUGGUGUGCGUUGUGUACGACGUCACCAAUGAGGACACGAUAAACAAGAUCAAAACUAAAUGGAUACCUUUAGUAAAUGGAGAUGCAGAGAAGGGCAACAAGGUUCCUAUCAUUCUGGUGGGAAACAAGUCAGAUCUGCGCUCUGGGAGCUCAAUGGAAACCAUUCUUCCCAUCAUGAACCAGUUCUCUGAGAUUGAGACGUGUGUUGAGUGUUCUGCAAAGAACCUGAAAAACAUUUCAGAACUGUUUUACUAUGCUCAGAAGGCAGUUCUGCACCCUACUGCACCCCUUUAUAACCCAGAGGACAAGCAGCUAAAACCCAUUUGUGUCCGAGCCCUGAGCAGAGUUUUCUACAUUUCAGACCAGGAUAACGAUCGGAUCCUCAGUGACGCUGAACUCAACAGUUUUCAGAAAUCUUGUUUCGGGAACCCAUUGGCACCCCAGGCCUUAGAAGACGUUAAGACUGUAGUCUGGAAGAACACCAGCGAUGGGGUUCAGGACAAUGGCUUGACUCUCAACGGUUUCUUGUUUCUUAAUACAUUAUUUAUCCAGAGGGGUCGACAUGAAACCACAUGGACUAUCCUCAGAAAGUUUGGUUAUGAUGAUAAUCUCGAGCUGACAGAUGAUUACCUUUACCCUGAACUACGAGUUCCAGUCGGCUGCACCACAGAACUAAAUCAAUUAGGUCACCAAUUCCUCCAGCGGCUGUUUGACAAGUAUGAUGAAGAUAAGGACUUUGCCUUGUCACCGACAGAGUUGAAGAAUCUCUUUUGUGUGUGUCCUUACAUGCCAUGGGGUCCGGAGGUCUAUAUGACUGUUCCAACCACAGACCAGGGCUAUAUCUCUAACCAUGGCUACCUCUGUCAGUGGGUGCUUUCUGCGUACCUUGAUAUCCAUCGUUGCCUGGAGCACUUAGGAUACCUAGGCUAUCCUAUCCUCUCAGAGCAGGACUCACAGACUUCUGCAGUCACAGUGACACGGGAGAAGCGAGUCGACCUGGAGAAGCGCCAGUCACAACGAUCAGUGUUUUUCUGCAAGGUGAUCGGCCCACGGGGGACAGGCAAAACAGCUUUUCUCCAGGCCUUUUUGGGCCGCAGUGUGGCGACGAAAGGACAUAAUGCCAGCAGUGCCUUCUCCCCCUAUGCCAUAAACAUGGUCAAAGUUAGCAACCAGGAGAAGUACCUUAUUCUCAAUGAGGUGGACGUGGAAGUGGAGUUCCUGAAAGCAUCUGAUGCCUCCUGUGAUGUUGCCUGUCUCAUGUAUGACACCAGUGACCCACAUUCUUUUGACUAUUGUGCCAGUAUAUACAAGCAACACUAUAUGGAGAGCAACAUCCCAUGUAUCCUGGUUGCUUCCAAGGUAGACCGCCCUGAGGUCAAGCAAUUCCACGGGAUGACGCCAGCAGAGUUUUCGUACAAACAUCGGCUGCUUCCACCGCUGCCUUUCUCCAGCCUGUUUCCCAACUCUGCCAAACAGAACAUCUACACCAAGUUGGCCUGGGCAGCGAUGUACCCACACCUGAAAGGUUCAGAAAUGAGCAGCACAUCAUUCUGGUUGAGGGUGGCAUUGGGAUCAGCAGUGGUUGCCGUUUUGGGCUUUGCAAUCUACAGAGCAUUUGCCAGACUGAAAUGACCAAGAACUAGUCAAGAUCUUUUAUUUCUUUUUCACUCAAGACCAAACCUUCAAGAUCACCUCCAGAUGCACAACAGUUUAAACCCAAAUUUUUCUGCUCUUGUCUGUGCUUGACAUCCUCACCUUCCUCGCCUUUCCCAUACAGUUGGAAGCUGCUGAUCAUGUUAUUUCUUGUUCUGCCGUGGCUGGCUUUUUUUUUUGUUUUUGCCUUACAUCGUCAAACCAGGCAAAGUAGAAGCAAGCCUGUCCACUCAGCCAAGAGCUGCGACUGCUGACGUCCAAAUGGGUGCUUCAUCACAGAAGAGGAGAUGCAGGAAGACGGAUCUGACAUCGACUGCUUUCCCUUUGUUUGUCUGUGAAUACUGAGGUUGGACAGUUUCUGUGAACUUUUAGAUAGAAAAACAGCAAAUUAUGAAUGAGGAACGAACUGGACUGAACGCCAAAGGGCAACAAGUUAAUGGCUCUUCAUGCUCCAUAUUGGAAAAAGAAGUGAAUACACACAGUGCAUUAUUGUUGAUUUAAAAGAAAAAUAAUGUAAACCAGCAAAUGUUUUGCUUUAACUUGUUAGUGAACAACAGAUUUCCUUUUCAUCAGUGCAACAUCGAAAUAUUUACAGAUCUGGUUUGUCAAUUAAUGUAUACAGUGGAUAGUGUGGGUUGUUUUUUUUUUGUUUUUUUAACUCUUGGGACAAUCAUUUAAAAAGGUUUGCAUUUUGGUGUUUUAAACGGUAAAGAUGAUACUGAACUGUGACAUCUGGCACAGACAGAUCGGUUUUGUGCUUGAAGAAACUGUUCAUCUUGUUGGAAGAUCACAACUUGUUUAUGCAUCAGCAGGAAGAUGUGUGAUAAACAUUUUCCUGAUAAAGGAGGCCAAGAAAACCCUUAAAAACUAACCUGUUUUCCAUCAUUGCAGUGGAAUGAGAUUGUGAUUGAUUGGCAGUCUUUUUCUUUUCAUGCGCACAUGCCCAGGAGAUCUACAGACACUGUUGCAAACGUCUGCUGUUGUAUUUUGUUUUAAAUCAUUCUUCUGUCUUGAUUGCUUUGCCUGAAGACUUGCCGAUACCUUGCUGUGACUUUUAAACUGUGCCUGGAUAAAUCUAGAUGCUUUAAAAAUAAAAGCCCAGACUGAGUGCAGCCAGCCAAAAAUAUCUAUGGAUGUUAAAUUGGAGACGUGAUCAUGCUGUGUGCUGGUUGUUAAGCAACAGUUUUGCUUCAUCCUAGCCUUCAGUACAUUUUGUAAAAGUGACGUUUGACUGAAUUUGAUGUCAGACUUGACUGUGGAUGUCCGAUUUGUAUUACGAUCACAAUGUGCGUUUGAAGUGUGGUGUUGCAGUUUGAAAACACAUUUAUCUGGAACAUGAAGUGUUAUGUUCUGCUGUGCUGUCACAAUAUGUAUUGCAUCACUGCACUGUGCGCCACCGUGGCUGCUGUUUUGCAUGCAAACGCCUCAAAAUACAUCUGGAUGCUCUGCUUCUGGGACUGAAGCUUUUUUUAAUGAAGCUGCCGACUGUCAACAAAAAGCUGCUGUUCCUGGAUUCCGCCACUAGAUGGAGAUGUUGGACUUGGGGAGGCAGGACUGUGGGUGAGUAGAGGGCGUGUCUGUUGUGGAAGCAGCCUGGUCGCUGAUCUGCAGUCAUCCUGAUGAAAGUAGCUUUUGGAGUACCAGAUUGUUUCAUGUGUAGAACUCCAGAGGAAAUGUUCGGAACUAAUUCUGCUUGAGAUGGAAAAAUCUGUUCAUUGUGAAUGCCUUGAUUCCUUUCUUCUUUACAUUGCACAGCUCUGAUCUGUGCUGAUCCUGGUACUCGGAUGGAUGUCUUUCCCCGAUCUACCUGUUAAAGUUUGGUUUGACCACAACGCAACUAGAAACUUAUCAGUGAAUCUAGUUGCAUAUUAACUAUAUUGUGCAAUACUUCUUUUGACCAGACUGCAAGAACACCUGAGUGAAAGUUUAUUACACUGUAAUGUCACAUGUAUAACAAAAGCAUCACAUGAUGGCAUCCCCACUCCCUUUUUAUCCUGUGAUUUUUAACAGAUUGAUUCAUUGUUAAUUUGUUACCUCUCAGACUGCUCACUUUGAGCGUGUGUAAAAUACACACAACACAAGGACAGGCAGUUUGUGGGGAAAAUGACAAAAGGUUUUUAUUUGAACUGUUAUAAACGGUCUUUAAAAGUGAUCGAACACAGCGAGGUGUUUGAUUUAAAAAAAAAAUGCAGAAUGGAUUUUGAAGAAAAAAAACCCCUCACAUUUUCAGUAUGGACACCGCCCCCUUCCUCCCAAUUGCACUAGUAUUAACAAGCUGUAUAUACACGUAUGCUUUUUUUUUUUCUUAUUAUGUGUAAGACCAGACACAAAUAAAGCUGUUUUAAUGCCAAAUUAAAAUACAGUUAACUUAUUUCUACAGCAUCUUUAGUGCAAUGAACAGGAAACUACUGGUAAAAACAGUACGAGUUUGCAUGAGACCAUACAAAAAUAAUACAUAUACCAAACAUUUGGUUAAAGUAUUUACAG